CUCUCAUCUCCAUCUCUUCAUUCACAACAUCUUCAUUCUCCUCAAGAGUCUCUCCCCCCACCCCCCUCCCACAGCCCUGUCUCGCCACGGCAUCCGCCGACAAUGGCCCCGGCGCUCAUAAUAGUCGCCGCGGCCGGCCUCGCCGCGAUCGCAUCCGCGCAGCAGCCAGGCUCAUCAUGGCAGUAUCCCGUCUUCUUCAACUACACCAUCGCCGACACCUCGGCCAUGUGGUCCUACUUUCCCGCGCCCACUAACGACGACAACUCGCGCUAUACCUGGAACGACACCUUUUCAGGCUCAAACUGGACAACGUACGAGUACGGGCAGGCCGGCAUUGGCGAGUCGGGCAAGUUUGCCAAUGGCUCGGCAAGUCCAAGCCUUUUCCUCAACUUUCCCCUCACGAGCUUUGAUCUGCUCGGCGAUGUGCGUGGGCUCAAUUACUCAGAGUCCAUCGCGCCGCUGCAGAUGAUCAUCGACUCGCGUACUCCCAUGAACUGCACUCCAACGCCGGGCGUCAUCUGUUCCGCCACCAAUCUCAUCUGGGCCUUCCACAAGAUCCAGGUCUCCCUUUACUCGGGGAACUGGACGGUGCGUGGCAUUCGCGUUACAACAGGAGCAGCGAUUAAGCAUGAAAAGCUCCAAGACACAAAGAUCGACAUUGAGCCCUUCGUCUACGACAAUGGCACACUCAACUCCUUCUACAACUUUACCGGCGACUGGAAGGUGUGGAACAAGCUCGGCGGCGGCGGCAACCAACAGCCUAUUAACUUUACUUCGCUGGUGGGCGAGAACGGUGCCAGGGUCAACAUGACCGUGCCGCCUCGUACGGCCUGGAUUGUUAUCAAUGGCACAGUGCGCCCGGACAGCGACGAGUUCCGUCUUGACUGGGACCCGCUGCCGCCCCUCGCCGACUCGCAGAUGCUCUUCUCCGCCUACAACUCGUGGCAAGCCCCGUCGAUGCUGUAUGCCGCGCCGCUUGACCCAGAGACCAACUACAGCGUUGGCAUCACGACAUACGAAAACUGGGACAACAACCCGGUAAAUGGCACGUCGCUGGGUUUGACCAGCGUGACCUUUUACAACGAACGAGACAAACCAAUCAUGCCAGGCCAGAAGGAGCCGGAAAAAAGCAACAAGACUGCACUUAUCGGUGGCGUAGUCGGUGGUGUGGGCGGAGCUGCGAUCAUCAUCGCGCUGUUGAUAUGGUGGUUGUGUGCACGGAAACGCAAGGACAAGAAGGGAAAGAGGCCGCAGCCUAUGCCCAAGGAGGUGUCGUCAUCCAACUUUGAGGUCGAUGAGGACCCGUAUAUCGAGCUCAACGAUCUGGGUGCGGCGCGUCCAGUGCCAUAUGUCACCCCUUCCCCCGCGCCCACUCCACCGGUUAACGGCGUGGCUGAGCCGGUGGCGAACGGAGGCAGCGCUCUGCGCAAGGCUGCGAUGCUGGCCGCUGCAUCCGGGUCAGGACACACCCCACUGCUUGGCAACGAGUCGGCUCCGCCACUAUCUCCCAUCGAUCCGACCCCACAACACUCCACUCUCCCAUCCCCCUCAGGCCUCCGGACGACACAUACCUUGCCGAGCCCAGGUGGGAUCUCGCCGAUCUCACCAACAUCAAUGGCGCCUAGCCCUGGCGGGACACUGCUCCCAGGCGGAACGCUGCACCCUAGUGGGACGCUCCUCGCUGGCGGGACGAUGGGUCCGCACCUGACAGGCAUGACGGGUUUAACGGGCAUGACGGGCAUUGGCACGCAUAAUAACGAGCCAGUACACCCUAUUGCGGCGGAACUCAAGCAUGGGACCGCGCUGCAGCGGCAGCAAACGCAGCGGCAGGUUGCGCAGGAAGAGGACGGCGGUGCGGUGGACGAGUAUGAGCUCGUUCCGCCAGUGUACAACCCGGCGUGGGCAGAACAGCGGCGUCCGACUCCUGCUCGAAGCGGAUUCGGUGGACCCAAUCUCGGCGCCGACCCAGACGGCGUGCCUCUCUCCCCCACCCAUCGUGCUCCGCCUCCGGCGCUGUCGGUGAUUACAUCGGCGCCGUACAUCUCGGUAUCGAGCUCUGGGUCGCCCAGGACCACGCCGACGACAGCGACACCCACUCCGCACACGGCGCACGGCUCGCACAUUCCCUCGCCCCUCUCCACGGUCUCGCAUUCGUCACUGCACCACCCGCCGCUUUCGGCGACGUCGACGCACCCGCCAUCCUCGCCGCUGGCCAUGACCUCGCGCCUCGUGCCCAGUGACUACUCGCACGAGUCAUACGACCGGCAGUCGAGCGAGUAUGUGGGCUACGACUCGCCGCCAGACGGCUACCGCGACGAGCGAUGAGGGCAGUAUGGAUUCUCGGCCGUUGUAAUUUGUAUCGAGCUUGGCUUGGCGCCGGCGCUAGGUUAUUGGGACGGACAUAAUGGAAUGCAUCGUGUCCAGAGUAA